AUGACGCUGUCAAAUCGCAAUGUGAUCAACUACGACGGAAACGAGUUUUACAGAUUCAGAUACACCGACACCAACGUUCACUGCAGCCAUCACCACCCACAACUACGGAACCUAGUCUAUGCCACUAGCAAGAACGAUGUCUACUAUCUUCGUAAGCGACCCAGUUCCAACAACUGCAUGGGAUCAUGA